CAAUAUCAAAAUAUCCAGCUUCAACCCCUUUUUGAUUGCUUGCAUGGACUGCGCCUAAUAUCCCCUAUACGUUCUCACGUUGCGUGGCCCUGGAAUUUCGCCGGCUGAACCGCUGUCUGUAUGCUUUAGUUCCAAGCCGGGGUCUGGGUGCAACGCUUCUAUGACGCUAAUGCUAUACACAAAUGUUGUGUGUCGCGAAAUCCCGUACCGACUAGAGAAACACGGUUUACAUAAACCCAGCUGAAGGCCGCAGAAAACAGAAAGUUGGCAUGGAUUCCGAAUACCCGCCCUUGCCAUCUUUAAAAUCGAUUGAUGCUUCGCUUCAGAAUGUAUCACUUUCUGAUAGCGAAGGUGUAGUCCAAAGAUCCUCGAGGUCUGGAUCAGGGACGCCAAUCUCUGUACCUGUAACCAAUGGACACGGGCAGAACUCGAAGUCGCCUCUGCCAAAUACAAACACGCAAGUUAUUGUCGAUAGCGGCGACCUUAUCUUGGAGUAUACACCCUCAAAGCAAACAUCUUUGGGCACAAAAGAUGCACCAGUUACCCACCACUGGAAGGUUUCCAGUGAGAGUCUGAUCCAGAGUAGUCCUUACUUUCAUGUUUUCCUGGAUCCUCAAAAGUUUUCCGAAGGCAGGAACUUCAUGAAGCAGCGGGAACUGCAUAGUUUUGAUGUAGAUCCGGACGUGAAUGGUGAUACAGACGCUGCUGGUUUCUCUGAACAUGACGAUGCUCUUCCAAUCAUGAGAAUGCCCGAUGAUCAUUUGUCACAUCGCGUAGGACCAGACACCAUUGGCUUCUUUCUCAGGAUACUAUCCUUCAAUUCAUUCAGCGAUGAAGAGAAGGAAAGUUUUGAUGCAGAAGUCAAAUCUCAACGACCAUUAUUCAUUUCUGGGGUGAUAGAAAUGGCCGAUGCUUUCAACUCCCCACAAGCUGUCCGUGAUGCUCUCAAGCGCUCGGGCUAUACCCUGGGAAAGCCGAAGCUCCCAUUAACUAAAUUCAACUCCUCGAUCUUGAAGCUGAAUGAGGACCGCAUCCGACAAUCCAUCUUCAUAGCAAGGUUCCUAAACGACAGGACUAUCUUCCAAAUGCUGACCCAUGCCCUCAUUGUUUCUGGAUCAAGGUUUUGGGUUAACGGCCUUGAAGCCCCAGAGCUUGGUUCUCUCAGCUGGCACUAUUUCUCUAAUGGUAUCGAAGAGGAACUCUACUACCGCCGCCAAUGCGUGCUGGACACAAUCACCGACCUCCAAGCACAUUUCCUCCGCGUCUACGGCGCACUCGAGGACCCCAGUGCACCCAAGCGCAACAACCCAUCAGCAACAUCAACCGCCGCAUCGCGUCAAUACCAAUGCCGCUGCGCGCUCGGGAACUCCAGUGCCUGCGACACUUUCCACCUCGGCCAAAUGACGCGCUUUUUCUCACUCCGCACAAAAACCAUCUUCAUUGGGUCCACGCUCCUAGAUCCAGAUUUCAACCAAGGCAUCGAAGACUCGGAUGCAGAUGCAAACGCAUAUGCAGACGCAGAAAGAAGGAACCAACAAGAGCGCCCUCUAGAUAUCACAUCAGUAAUCUCCCUCCUCAAACAGUGCCCAGAUUACCAAAUAGACUCGAACCACACGGCCUGUGGUAUCAGACGCCGGUUUCUGCCCUCCUUGGAUUGCAUUGAGGGCUUUGUCGGUGACGAGAGAGGUCUUCUGGGUGUGAAUUUGAAUUAUUGGCGCGGAGAGGAGAGCAGGGGCGGAGGUGAAAGGACGUGGCCUAAUAUUCUGGGAUCAUGGGCAAAUAGGUCUCAUCGUCGGGCAUGCGUAAUGGAUCUCCGUUUAUCCAGGAUCAGCGGAAUACCAUCGAUGUCGCCUGGGGGUAUUGCGGGGCAGUUCCGCGAAGAAGACGCGAGGCUGUUGUUUACGGCGAAGAAAAGGAAUUGGGAGUCCUAACCUGAAGGUUUCUUAACUCCCCCGGAAUAUAUUGGCACACGGAUUUAUAUGUGGAGAGACAGACUUUGACUGAUUAAUCUGGUAGCGUUCGCUAUUAAAUAUACCCCACCUAUAGAUGGGUGAACGAAUGGAAUGAAAUGUAUAUACAAUGAACGAUCUAAGAAUUGAAGAGGCAUGUGUUAUUCCU